GUUUUCCUUGCUGAUUUCACAACAGAAAUAUUAGAUUUGCUUGAAAAAGGCAUAUUGUAUAACGGUGAGGUACUGACACUCGUUAUAUUUGGAUUUGUUUGCGAUGCGCCGGCAAGGGCUUUCAUUGCUUACACAAAAACACACAGCGGUUAUUUCAGUUGCUCAAAGUGUACAGAGGAAGGGGAUUUUGAAGGUAGAAUCGUAUUUUUGAACGAGAAAGCCCCAUUGCGUACCGAUGCAACUUUUCGAAGUCAACGACAAGACGAGCAUCACACAGGUCGGUCAAUUUUAGAGCAGUUGCCAAUUGAUAUGGUGGCCACCUUUCCCCUAGAUUACAUGCACCUUUGCUGUUUGGGGGUCAUGCGUAAAUUGUUGUGGCAAUGGAUAAAAGGUCCUCUUUCGUGUAGAUUAAGCCAAACUCAGAAAAACACAAUCUCGAGCUUUUUAAUUUUUUUGGCAAGUUACAUUCCUUCAGAAUUCAGUCGUAAAUCGCGGUCGUUAGCAGAAUUAGCAAGGUGGAAAGCCACCGAACUAAGAGAAUUUUUAUUGUAUACUGGUCCGAUUGUAUUGAAAAAUGUGCUACCAAAACGCCUUUACGAACAUUUCCUUCUUUUUCAUGUUGCGGUCAAACUUUUGGUAGCACAACAUUUCUGCAAAGAGUUUAACGACUACGCCAAACAGUUGCUUGUGUUGUUCGUGACGGAGGCAAAAGAAAUUUACGGCAAAGAAUUUCUCAGCUACAACGUUCAUAAUUUAAUUCACUUGGCAGACGAUGUACGUCACUUUGGCAAUUUUGAUUCUUUCAGCGCUUUUGCUUUCGAAAAUUAUCUGCAGGACAUUAAACAUCUUUUGCGAAAACAUAAUCAACCCUUAGCCCAAGUUAUCCGAAGACUUGAUGAGAUCCAGUUAAAUCUAGUACCACGGAUAAAUUGUGCUGUCUCACCUUUCGUAUUGAAAAAGAAACACACUCAAGGGCCGAUGAUAAAUGGCUGUCGUGGCGUUCAGUUCAAGUUUCUCCAAUGUCACUCAUGGACUUUUCGUACAGAUAACGAUGCAGAUUGUUGCGCAAUUCUUCAGGACCAAACGAUUGUAAAAUUGCCAAUUUAUUGA